AUGUCCUAUGACAGGUAUGUGGCUGUUUGUAGACCUUUACAGUAUCCAAACCUUAUGAGGAACAAAAUCUGCAACAUCAUAUCAGUAGCUGCCUGGUUUUGGUCUUCUGUGCAGGCAUUGAACUGUUCCCUUUAUGUCCUGCCUCUUCCCUACUGCAAGUCCAACGUGAUUAGCCAUAUUGCUUGUGAGUAUACAGCCCUCAUACAGCUGUCUUGUUCGGACAAUUCUGCAUUUGAAAGAUCAGUAUACCUUGGAACUUUCCUGGUCUUUCUCAUCCCUAUCUCAGUCAUCCUUCUUUCCUACAUGGCCAUUCUCUUGCAAGUCCUGAGGUUGUGUUCCUCUGAAAGGAGCCACAAGGCCUUGGGGACUUGUUUGUCCCACUUGUGUGUGGUGGGCCUCUUCUAUGGAGCAGCCAUUUUGACCUACAUGACACCCAUCUCUUCCUAUUCAGCACAAAAGGCCAUGAUAAAUUCCCUUUUUACUACCAUCAUUCCUGCCAUGAUGAACCCUUUCAUCUACAGCCUGAGGAACCGGGACGUCUUGGUAGCCCUGAGGAAACUCUUCGCAAAAUGUAUGUCAACUGCUAUGAAUGAGGCUGUGGGAGAAAGAAGUUAA